UAUCCGGCCUCUUUUCCGUGGCGGACCGUCGCUGGGUCGGUUUAGCAAGAUGAAGCUGAACAUCUCAUUCCCCGCUACUGGCUGUCAGAAACUUAUUGAAGUUGAUGAUGAGCGCAAGCUGCGCACUUUCUAUGAGAAGCGUAUGGCCACUGAGGUGGCAGCUGACCCUCUGGGAGAUGAGUGGAAGGGCUAUGUGGUGCGCAUCAGUGGAGGCAACGACAAGCAGGGCUUCCCCAUGAAGCAGGGUGUACUGACUCACGGUCGUGUGCGCCUGCUGCUGAGCAAAGGCCACUCCUGCUACCGUCCCCGCAGGACUGGUGAGCGCAAGCGCAAGUCUGUCCGUGGCUGCAUAGUCGACGCCAACCUUAGUGUUCUCAACUUGGUCAUCAUCAAGAAAGGCGAGAAGGAAAUUCCUGGGCUGACCGACAGCACUGUCCCUCGCCGCCUUGGUCCCAAGAGGGCCAGCAAGAUCCGAAAGCUCUUUAACCUGGCUAAGGAAGAUGAUGUAAGGCAGUAUGUUGUGAGGAGACCCCUGACUAAAGAAGGCAAGAAGCCCAGAACCAAGGCCCCCAGGAUCCAGAGAUUGGUGACGCCACGUGUGUUGCAGCAUAAGCGCCGCCGCAUCGCCCUCAAGAGAAAGCGCACCCAGAAGAACAAGGAAGAGGCAUCAGAGUAUGCCAAGUUGCUGGCCAAGAGAAUGAAGGAGGCCAAGGAGAAGCGCCAGGAACAGAUUGCCAAGAGGCGCCGUCUUUCUUCCCUGAGAGCAUCCACAUCCAAGUCUGAGUCCAGCCAAAAGUAAAAUUAUAGAAAUGAAAUAAAGACUUUGCUCAAAUGUU